AUGACUGGCGACGCACCAUAUAUAAUCCCGGGCCCGGUCCACCGUGUUCUCGCUAAGUAUAGAGUAUCCUGCCACUCCAUACCAAACGUUAGAACUGCUUCGUUUCUAAAGUACCGCUUCUCACAUCGUCGCGAAAUAAGAUGGGGGGUGACGCGGGUGAUAUGCCCUGGCCACAGGUGGUCGUGGGCAACAAAAAUCAUACAGAGGCAGCCGUCGUCAUAAUAGGGGGUGGCAUUAGUGGCAUGUGCACGGCCAUUGACCUGAUUAAGAGAAACAAUUGCCGGAACUUCAUUAUCCUCGAGAAGAGUGGCGGGCUGGGUGGUACAUGGCGAGACAACAAGUACCCUGGGUGCUGUUGUGACGUCUUCUCGCACUUAUACAGCUUGUCUUUUGAGCAGAACUCGGAUUGGACGAGGGAGUAUCCCGGCCAGGAGGAAAUCUUGCAGUAUCUUAUGGAAGUCGCAAGGAAGUAUGACCUAUACCGCUACGUCCGCUUCAAUACCGCUGUUGAUUCUGCGAAGUGGGAUGAUGCGGACAAGAAAUGGAAGACCACAGUGUCGGUCCAAGGGGCAAAGGACGCCGAGUUUGGCAGCACAUACACCAUCGCGUCCGAUUUCUUGGUUUCUGCAGUUGGCCAGCUAAAUGUGCCUCAACUGCCAGACAUUCCCGGCCUGAAUCAGUUCAAAGGCAAAAUCAUGCACAGUGCUCGCUGGGAUUGGAGCUACGAUAUCCGUGGGAAGAAAGUCGCCAUCAUAGGGAAUGGAGCCACAGCUGCGCAGAUUAUCCCCGAGAUCGCGAAAGAAGUCGGGCAUCUGACCAUCCAUCAACGGACGCCGAACUGGAUCGUCCCUCGGCUUGAUGCCCCCAUUGCUCCAUGGAGAAGAAACAUGUAUAAAUACGUCCCCAUGAUUAGAUGGCGGAAAAGGGCGGAGAUGAUGGAUUUCCGUGAAAGCGUCUAUGAUGCCGUUUUCGACAACGCAUCGUCUGUCGCACAGGAUUUUGAAACAUUGAGCAAGGGUCAUAUGCAUACCCAGCUUCCCGACAGACCAGAUCUGUGGGAGAAGCUGCAGCCUAACUACUCAAUCGGCUGCAAACGGAUCAUCAUUUCCGACGACUAUUUCCCGGUCUUCCAACGCGACAAUGUCAAAUUAGAGACGGGCAGGAUAGACAACAUUACCGCCAAUGGCAUUGUCACGGAGGGCAAGGAAGAAGAUUACGAUCUGAUUGUCCUUGCAACCGGCUUCCGUACGCUCGAAUUUAUGCACCCCAUUGACGUUACAGGGAGCGCAGGGCGUCCGCUUUCCAGUAUUUGGAAAGAUGGCGGGCAAGCUCUUUACGGUGUUACAGUCGAGAGCCUGCCCAAUUUUGCUAUGCUUUAUGGGCCCAACACCAAUCUGGGGCACAAUUCGAUCAUUCUGAUGAUAGAGGCUCAAAGCAGAUACAUUAAUGCGUUGAUCAGAGAAGUCCUCACAGCGCGAGGUCGUGGUCACAGUUUAGUCAUCCAACCGAAAGCAGCCCGAAUCGAAGAAUUCAACGAUGGGAUCCAAGGUCAACUGCGAAAAAGCAGUUUUGCGGAUCCCAACUGCAACAGCUGGUACAAGAAAGGGGACGGCAAAAUCACGAACAACUGGAGUGGGACCGUGAUCGAGUAUCAGAAGCUCCUUAGCGAUGUUAAUUGGUCCGACUUUGACCUCUCUGGUAAUGAGGCGGAUGAAGUGGCAGGUCGACAAAAGACUCACAUUGGACGAGUUGUGGAAGAGUCCGUGGUCAGUUAUCAAACGAUGGCCUUGACAGCACUGAGCUUGGCCGCGGUUGGCGCUGGUAUCGCUCUUCGCAAUGCAGGUAGACUGCGGCUGCGAUGAAGUCUUCCCUGCAGAGGAGGAUAGCUGUGGCGUUGUCUGGCAGAAUUUCAAUUUGGUGAAGGAUACCCAAGAAAAGAGAUAAUAUAGAGUACUGCACCCUGUGAGAGACGUCGUUCGUAGGUUGCGGGCCACGAAGGGCCUUUUCGUCUCCGAAGGAGCAGGGGAUAAUAAAUGCGUUGAUCGACGUGGAAUGGAGAUGGCGUGGCAUAUUCAGGAGAAGUUGAUAAACAGGGGCUCCAUCACGUAAGUUUAUAGUCCACAGGACACUUUUAGUUGUGAAUUUGCACUUCGGGGUGCCUAUACUCCUUCACAGC